AUGAAAUUGUCGUUUUUGUGGGCCGUCGUGGCACUGGUGUCCCUGGUCCUGUGCACUUCUGCGAGUGCGAGGACGAAGGACUCGGAGGGUCGUUACCAUCUUACUGAUGAGGAGAAGGAUACGAUGCUUUCCCCGAAAGAGCGGGCACGCCUGCUGGACAUUAUGGGUCAUGCUCGUCACCAGGCCGAUGCGCGUCGUGCGUCGAAGCAUCAGCGCCGCUGGAAUCCGAACAACUCCUACGGACCUGCGAAGCUGACGUGCCCGGUCAAGCCACAAGGGAAUAACUUUGUUGGCUACGUGCGCAAUGCCUCGGACAACCAAAUCUACCAAUCCGAAAAGGACUACAUGAAUCGCCACCGCCAGGCGAUUAGGGGCCAAUGGAAGGACUGGCUGAACAGCGUAGGUCUGGGUGGCAAUGACGGUAUCUCCGGCGGGCUGGACCAGUUUUUGGCCCAGAACCAGCCCAAGCUGGGCAUUGGCAUUAGUGGUGGUGGCUAUCGCGCGAUGCUGGUCGGCAUGAGUGUGUUGCAAGGUUUCGAUGGUCGUAAUGAGACGGCGAAGCAACGUGGUGUAGGUGGUGUGCUGCAGCUUUCUGACUAUGUGGCCGGCCUCUCGGGUGGCUCCUGGGCGGUGGCGGCCAUGGCUAUGAACGACUGGCAGACGCCGCAGAACACAACACGGUUUAUGGAUCUGGGGAACAACCUAGUUUUGCCGGACAGGGGCACCUUGUCGUUCUACACGGAUCUGUUCAAUGACGUGGACGACAAGAAGGAUGCUGGCUUCCCAGUGUCAAUUUCGGAUUACUGGGGCCGUGCCGAGUCGUAUCACAUCCUGGACCCGGCUACGUACAAGGAUCGCGGCCAGAAAACGACGAUCUCAGAUUAUGUGAAUAUGACGAAGUUCAAAGAUGGCACGGGUCCAUUGCCCAUUGUGCUGUCGAUCGGCCGUGAUGACAAGCAGAUCAUGAUUAACCAGAACGCAACCUACUUCGAGUUUACGCCCUUUGAGUUUGGCACGUGGCAGCCGGAUAUCCAGGCCUUCUUCCCGGUGGGCUACCUCGGCUCGGACAUGACCAAGGGCAUGCCUACAAACAACAAUGAAUGUGUGUCGGGCUUCGACAACUUGGGUUAUACGAUCGGUACAUCGAGCACACUGUUCAACGGCGCCUACACGAUGCUUCUAGAGGACAACGUGACGUCGAUUUUGGGGGGUAUCGCUAAGAGUAUCCUGGAAGAUGUCGGCAAGAGCGACAACGACGUGGCCCCCGUGCCCAACCCAUUCAAGCAGUACCCUGCCAAAAAGAAUCAGUAUUUCGAUGCCGACUACAUCGACUUGGUCGACGGUGGUGAGGCGAACCAGAACAUUCCGUUUGAGCCGCUUAUGCAGCCCGCACGAGGCCUCGACAUUGUGAUUGGCAUUGAUGCUGGCACCGACACAGCAGGCUGGCCAAACGGCUCGUCUGUGGUUGAGUCUUGGAAGCGCGCCAAGAACCCCGAGUUUGCCUACAUGGCCUUCCCGGAGGUGCCUGACACGAGCACCUUUGUGAACCUGGGUAUGAAUACGCACCCGACCUUCUUUGGCUGUAACGCGAGCGCUUAUGUGAACGCUAACACGGCUCUGGACAAGACGCCGCCUGUCCUGGUGUAUGUGCCCAACUAUCCGUACUCGUACCAAAGCAACACGAGUACCUACCAGUUGGCCUACGGCUCUGACGAGGUACAGGGUAUUCUGGACAACGGCGUGGAAAUUGCCACGAUGGCUGGUCAGAUACCCGAUUGGGGCACGUGUCUGGCGUGUGCCUCCGUAUUGCGCCCGCUGCAGCGUGCGAAGAGGCAGGUGCCGGAGAAGUGCAACAGCUGCUUUGAACGCUUCUGCUGGAACGGUGAGAUUCAGAACAAGUCACCGCGUGCAUAUACGCCCCCGACGGGUCCACCGCCCUUUGUUACGUCCAAUGGCCAGCAGAAGGUCCAGCCGCCGACCACCGGCAACAACGAGUCCAGUGGAUUCAGCCUGGGCAAGUUUAUGGACUCGAAGGACGGUGCCACGAGUAUUCAUGCGCCUGUAUCGAUCGUUGUCGCCCUGACGCUCGCCUCGAUAGUGGUAUUCUUGUAG